AGUUACAACACCCUGACUAAAAAGAGAGACCGGCUAAAAACCUGUCCUGAAGGCUGGCAGAAGUUUGAAUCUAGUUGGUACUUCCUGUCUACUGAGACUAAAACCUGGAAGGAGAGCAGAGAGGCCUGUCUGGAGAGAGGAGCAGACCUGGUGAUCAUAAACAGCAGAGAGGAACAGACAUUUCUCUUCAACCUCAAGAAGAGAGUCUGGAUUGGUCUGACUGACUCUGUUACUGAGGGGACCUGGAAAUGGGUGGACGGCACCCCACUGACCACAAGGUACUGGUAUGACCCACAGCCUGAUAAUGCAGGUCCUACCGGGCAGGAGGACUGUGCUGAGAUACACAAAGAUCAGAGUCCUCUAAAGUCAUGGAAUGACUUGUCAUGUGACAGCAAACUCAACUGGAUUUGUGAGAAAGUGUUUUAA